ACUGUGGGGCUGCUGCAUCUGCUGCUAGAAAUGUAGUGAGCAGUCUGAGACAAGCGCUGGGUGAAUCAUUAGCCAACUGCUUCCCUGGGAUGAUUUUGUCUGGAGUCUGAAAAGGAAAAAUACAUUCGCCACUUAUUCGUAUUACUCGCGUAUUUUCCCCUUGACUUUAAAUAUUUUUUUUUCGACAUUUUUUGGGGGGGUGUUUUACCAGUACACCAAAGUGGAUGUAAAUAUCUGGUGGAUCUCCAGUCCAAAAUGCUGCUGGUUUCCCAGCGCAUAGAAGCACCACGUAUGGAGCCCUAUUUACCACUGCAAGGAUCCAUAAAGAGAAAGCUGGAAGAUGACAGUUCCCCAGGGUCAUCUAGCAUGAAUGAUAUUAUUUUCUCAAAUGACAACAAGAGACUCUGCCUUGAUGAUGUGACACUUUCUAUGGGCCAAACUCAAAACACCAGCUCCGGCAUAACUUGCUCUGCAUUACAGCACUCUCCUUUCACAACCAAUCACAAUUCUGCUACUAUGGGGGUGAGUGGUCAUUCGGUAGUUAUGGAAAGUAACCAUAUGAAUGGUAGAAAUAUGGCAUCCCCAUACUCUGUGCCACAGAGUAAUGAACUAAGCCAGAAAGCAGCUUUUGAAGAAAAGACCAGCAAUUUACAAUCUGUGGACCAAGAACUGCAAGAUCUUCUUGAAGAACUGACUAAAAUGCCUGAUACAUCUCCAAAUGAUUUGGAUCUUGAGAAGAUAUUGGGAGGUAAGGCUGAGGAACCCAUUGUUAUAAGCCAUUCUCAGCCUAGUUUGAGUACAACACCUAAACUUUCUCCCCAAACAACAACUCACUUGGACAACCCUGUCUCUAAUAAGGAUUUCUCAGCAGGAUGCAAUCCUGUUAGUGCUGGUUCUCCCCAAAUAAGACCUUCAUCGGCUGGAACAAAUUAUCCUGUUCCUUCUGCAAACAAGCAAGUACAUUCACCCAUACCAUCUGCUCAGAAUAAGCCUCAGGCACAGCCUGUGUUACCUGUGGCAAUGUCUAAUAUGCCUGGAACCAACUGGCAUGCACAGCAGCUGAAACAACUGGCUGCAAAUAAGCAAGGUACUUCUGGCAAACAGCAAGUGCAGACAUCAAGCUGGCCAACAAUUUCACCUACAGGACUUUCCCCAACUUACAGGCCUGGGUCUUCCCCACAGCAGCCUUUCAGCCCACAAAAUGUUAUGGUAUCUAGUAUGACCACCAGUGGUUUACAAGGAAAUAAUAUGCAAGGUUCACAGAGCUCACUCUUGUCAAGCAUGACUUCCACCAGCAAUGCAACCAGCAGACCUUCACCUCCCUAUGUAUCAGAAAAGAUAUCAAGUCCAGCUCUUAACCAGCAACCCUUUAGUCCACAGGCCCCUUUGUUGACUAACAGGAAUUCAAGUAAUAUUCCAGCAAAUGCCAUCAAAAGCCCUCAGAACAACAUUGUUGGAAAUAUGACGCCUUCCAAUGCAGGACCAUCUCCACCAUAUCAGUCUGAAAAACUUUCAAGCCCAGCACUGCACCAACAGCCAUUUAGCCCCCAGAAUGCACUGAUGUCUAAUAUUCCUCCUUCCAGCAGCCAACCAAGUAUGCAGAGUUCACUUUAUAAGUCAAUGUCCACAAAUCAGUCAAAAAACCUUAGCAUGAUCAUGCAGCAGUCUUCUAAUGGCCUGCAACCUGGCAUAGUCAAUGAAACACCAGUUGCACAUGAUCAGUUUUCUUUCAAUAACACCAAACCCCUGUCUCAUUUUGCACCUGAUUCUACUGGGCAGAAAAUAAAUGUGUCUCCUGGUCCUGGAUCUCUAAUUCAUUAUCUCCAGCACCAUCAAAAUCCAUCUGUGCAGCAGCCACAGCAGCAGGUCAGCAACAGCCAGUUUCUCCAGCAGCAGAUACGACAGCUAAUGCAGCCAACGCGCAUGCAGAGGCAAAUGCAGCCAAGCAAUUUACCUCCACAAGCCAGACAGGAUCUGAGAACUGGAAUGAUUCCCAGAAUGCAAGAACCAGGCUCCAUACCAAGUGCCGGCCCCGGGCCUACUCCUCCCACUGCUAAUGGGUACAUACGCAAUGCAAUCCUGAAGGAGCAAAUCAUGAGGAGGCAGCAGCAGCAGCAGCAACAGCAGUUGCAGGUUAAACACCGGCCAAAUAUGAUGAGUGUGACCAAUGAACAGCGCAGCACUUUUGUUACCCAGCAGAUGAAUCAGUUCCAAAAUAUUCCACAAGCUCUUCGCACUGACUGUGUUCAGCCAAUGCCAACACCUGCCCAAAACCACCGCAUGAUCGCAUCACCACAAGGGCUCAUUCAAACCAGUAUGGGCUCUGGGAUCACCCAAACAGCAAUUAACCAGAACAGUGGACCUAUGGUUAUGAUGCCUCACAACACUGGGAAACAACAAGGAAUGUUCCCGGGAUCAUCAGAGUUCAACAUUCUUCUUAGGCAGAAUCAGAACACCAUGAACAUAAAUUCUGGGUGCCAGACAGUCCAUAGCCAAUCCACAGUACGACCAGGUAUGACCUUGUCUGGAUAUACAACCAGCUCUUUAACAAACCAUGCUGCGGCACAGCAACACUUACAGCAGUCCAGCAUAUCCAGAAUUCCUAAUGUGUAUGCUAGCUCCACUUCUCAACUGUGGACGCAAGCUGGAGUUUCAAGACUAUCAGGCCAAAAUCAGAUGGACCCCAGUGUGCAACAAUUCCCUAACAACCCACUCUUUUCCAAACAAAAUAUCAGACCAAACAUGGUAAGCCAGCAAUUUCCUCACCAAGCUGUGGUCCCUCCAAACCAAAUAGCUCCCGGGGUCCAGAUACGUCAAAUGCAAAAGCUUGGCCUAGCCCACUCAAAUCAAGGAGUAGGGUCCAUUAACAAUCCUAACCUAGGGAACAGUUUAUCAAGGGGACCAAUAGCAGCUAUCAAUGCCAUGAAAGCAAUGCCCCAAGGAGUACCUACGUUUAACCAAAUAAAUCCUGGUCAACUUGGCCCACCUUCCUACGGACCUUCAUCAGUCCAGGCACCAGAAUCCUUUGAUCGAGUGAGUUCUGGUCCAGAUAUGCACCAGUAUGACUUUGUUCAGACACACAAUAACUCUAUGAUGUCUGCUAACUGUAAUGAAGCUGACUUUAUUGAUUGCCUAAUGAAAGGCGGAAGUAGCAGCAAUGUAGAUGAAGACUGGCUCCACAACCUAACAAUACUGGAUGAUAUUUUGGGGCAACACAAUCAAAAUCCUGGACCUGUCUAGUGCACAUCAAAACAAACUUAUCAGAAGAACAGCCACCCCACCUGAAAUCAACAAAUCUUUCAAUACAACGAUUAACCAAGAGGCUGAUAUUGGCUGUACUUUUUUUCUGAAACAUGUAAAUAUUUAAAUAUUUUAUAAAUUAUGUUUUCCAACAGUAUAUAGAAGUAUUGAUACUUCUGUGAGUGGCUGUAUAUAAACUUAUUGCAGAAUGUUUUGUUACAUUAUAGGAUUUUCAUUGAUAAUACCUUGUUUUAAUAUGCAAAUAUUAUUGUUAGUUUUGGUAAUACUGUGUAUUACAGCCUGAAAUAAUCGUUAUGUUUUUUGACAUAACACGUGUAAAGUAAGAGGUGUUGAGCAAACUAAUGGAAGCGAUGUAUCCCAACCCACACUGGAACUUUUACUUUUAGGGGCAGAUUUAUCAAAGGUCGAAGUGAAUUUUCGAAUUAAAAAAGUAAAAGUAAUUUUUGGGGACUUCUUCCAUCGAAUAGGCCAAAUUCGACCGUUUUGCUGGAAAAUAUACUUCCCACUAUCGAAGUACUCAAACUUGAUGGUCGAAUUUCGAAGUUUUUUUACUUCGAAAUUUGAUUCUUGAUAAAUAUUCCCCUUAAUGUGGAGUCAAGUAAGCAACCAUUUUGGCAUUGUAACAUAUUAAAUCCCUAUAUUAUUGGAAUACUUCACCCUAAAGGCACAUUAACUUUAAAAAAUGUUCUUUGUUAACUGUGCCUAAUACAUAGGAAUUCAUAUUUUACACACAUAGAUUAAUGUUAAAUCUUUAUAUCUACAGAGGCUGUGCAAACAAAAGGGCUUGUCCUCUUUGCCUGCCUUCUGCUAUAAUUGUUGGUCUGUAGAACUGAUCAUGUCAUUAUUUAGGUUAUGGUAUGAGAUCCAUUAUCUGGAAACCUGUUAUCCAGAAAACUUUGAAUUACAGGAAGUCCAUAGCCUCCAUUUUAAUUAAAUAAUUCCCCUUUUCUCUGUAAUAAUAAAAUCGUACCUUAUAAUUGAUCCAAACCGAGAUAUAAUUAAUCCUUACUAGAGGCAAAACAAAUCUACUAAAUGAUUGUCUCGUAGAUUAAAGCAUUGAAAUCCAUAUUAGCGAAACAUCCCUUACCAAAAAACCCCAGGUCCCGAGUAUUCUGGAUAACAAGUCCCAUACCUGCCAUAUAAUAAAAAGUACAAAGUCUGCUACUGGCCUAGUUAUCCCUAUUAACCAAUCAAGCACUUUGAUCAACACUAUUCUAUAAGCUGUGGAAGGAAUGUCUUCAAUGGGAAUGCUAUGCAUGCAUUCCUCUCUUGAUAUUUCCUUUUAACAAAUAUAAUGGGAAAAUAAAAAUGAGGUUUAGUGUGCCUUUAGUGUUUAGAGCCAAUUCAGCUCUGCUACCAGUGUCUGUAUGUUUGUUUGCAUUAACCAAUGAAAGACAUUAAGGG